AUGACAGCAUCCAACAUCCCAUUCAACGUCUCAGAGCACUAUACCGUCCACGAGGUCAUCGGAGAAGGUGCAUACGGCGUCGUCGUCUCGGCCGUGCACAAGGCGUCGGGCACCAAAGUCGCCAUCAAGCGCAUCACCCCCUUCGACCAUGCCAUGUUCUGCCAGCGCACUCUGCGCGAAAUCAAGCUCCUGCGACACUUCCGUCACGAGAACAUCAUCGCCAUCCUCGACAUCAUCGCGCCCUUGUCCUACGAGCAGUUCCAUGAAGUGUAUCUGGUCCAGGAGCUCAUGGAGACGGACCUCCAUCGCGUGAUCCGCACCCAAGAGCUGAGCGACGACCACUGCCAGUACUUCCUCUACCAGACGAUCCGUGGACUCAAGGCACUGCACUCUGCCAAUGUCCUCCACCGCGACCUCAAGCCCUCCAACCUCCUGCUGAACGCCAACUGUGAUCUCAAGAUCUGUGACUUUGGUCUUGCGCGCUCGGCAGCUCUCCCUCCGCCCGACGCUGGCCCGAACGGCGGUAACGGAUUCAUGACUGAAUACGUCGCGACCCGUUGGUACCGUGCACCCGAGGUGAUGCUGUCGUUCCAGGAGUACUCUAAGGCGAUCGACGUGUGGUCUGUGGGCUGUAUCCUUGCUGAAAUGAUCAACGGCAAGCCCCUGUUCCCCGGCAGGGAUUACCACCACCAGCUGUCACUCAUCCUCGAGUGCCUUGGCACGCCGACCAUGGACGACUUCAACGAGAUUACGUCCCCCAGGUCAAAAGACUACCUCCGUGCGCUCCCCUUCCACCGCCGGCGCGACCUGCGCGAAAUGUGCCCCAAGGCCAAGCCCAACGCGCUCGACCUCAUGCGCCGGUGUCUCACGUUCUCCCCGCGCAGGCGUAUCACCGUCGAGGAGGCUCUCGAGCACCCUUACCUGGAGCCGUACCACGACCCCUCGGACGAGCCGGGAGCCGAGCCUCUGCAGGCCAACUUCUUCGACUUUGAGAACCGCCAGUCACCCCCGAGCAGGGAGACACUGAAGCGCCUCAUCUACGCAGAAAUCCAGCGCCCACUCGGCGACGCCUAA